CCAUAAUUCACACCUUUUUACAAUGACAACAUUGCCGUCAUAAAGCUUCUAUUUUUCUUUUCUUUUCUUUUUUUCAUCUCUGCCCACCGUCUUCUUCAAUAAUCAGUUUUCUUUCAUUCUCAUAUCAUAAAUCUUGAUUGUUUCAGUAAACUUUUGGAUCGUAUCUAAUCAUCAAACAAGUUUCAAUCACCCUUUUCAUGCCACUCGUGUUCUCAUUUUUUUUAUUAGAUUCUUGAAGAUGGGAUCUUUUGCUGGACAUGUGGUUCCAGGGACACUGUUUCUUGUAGUUGGGGUAUGGCAUAUAUGGUGCACCGUGGUUCGAUACGCGUCAGACCCGGACUCGUUUCGUGUUAGAGUUUGGAACCCUGUACCGGGUUUUAACGGGAGAUUGAAGUAUUUGGAACUUUAUGUUAUAUCGGUUGGAGCUUUUAUUGAUAUGUGUAUAGAGCUUUUGUAUUCAACCCAUCUUAAGUUCUUUGUUAACGGUGUCUUGAACCCGCAUCAUAUGAAUGAUUUUGAACAUGGUGGAAUGCUUCUGAUGUUCUUUGUUUUCAGUAUCGUCGCGUUACUCUCUGAAAAGACCAGCUUCCUUCCCUUACCAGAAGGCGCCUUAUGCUUAAUAUCAGCAGCAGCAUUCUGUGCAGAGUAUCUUUUAUUCUUUUUUCACUCAACAACACACCAAGGGCUAGAGGGUCAUUACCAUCUGCUUCUUGUUUUACUUGUGGCUCUUUGCAUAUUAUCGGUUGUUGGUGGGGCCCUCUUUCCGACAAGUUUCCCUGUUGACCUGUGCAGUGGCAUUGCUAUAACCCUUCAAGGUUUAUGGUUCUAUCAAACUGCCUUCACCCUUUACGGUCCCUCGAUGCCAGCUGGAUGUAAACUCGAAAAGAAUGAGAUCUCGUGCUCCUCACAUGGUCAUGAGAUUCGCGGGCAGUUGCUAGCUAACAUGCAGAUGUUUGGGCUUGUUUUCUUGGUUCUUGUUGGGGUUGUGGGGUCGUACCUUUUUGCGGAUAAAAGAUACGGGAAGUCUGAAUUUGGAGUGAUUCAUAUGAAACCUCUUGAUGGAUUUCAUGAGCAGUUAUAGUGAGUUUUGUGUCAAAGUUUUGACUUUUUUGAGGUAGCAUAGCACUUGCAUAAGAUCGGGUGUAGAUUUGACUUUUAUGAUUUUAGUAACUUUUUUUUUCGGUAUUUCAAAUGUGAUCAAACCGAAUUGGUACCAUGUUUCGGUGGAUUGAGUUAGAGCUGCGAUUGAGCUGUGAAAUGAUAAUCACAUAUUGGUUUAAAAAGCGUAUGGUGCGCCUUUUAAAACCAAGUAAGAACUAUGUACAGUCAUACUUUAUUUA